AUGAAAAUACAAUGUGAGGUGUGCGAGAAAGUGGAGGCAGAGGUGCUAUGUUGUGCAGAUGAGGCGGUUCUAUGCAGGAGAUGCGACCACAAUGUCCAUGCUGCUAACAAGCUCUCACUAAAGCACGAGCGCCUUCUUCUCCUCAAAAGUAAUCCCUCAUCAACAUCAUCAUCCUCGAGCUUGACUUCCUCCUCCCCUUCGCAUGCGCAGCUCCCUCCAUGUCAUAUCUGCCAGGAGAGAAAUGGGUACUUCUUCUGCUUAGAAGAUAGAGCACUCUUCUGCAAGCACUGCGACGUUUCAACCCACAUGGGAAGCCCCUCCGCAUCAUCCCACCAACGAUUUCUUAUUACGGGCGUCAAAGUCGCCCUUCAAGCUUCAAUUAACAACAAUGACAUGAUUAGCACAAACUCAAGCUCGCCCAAGUCGACUAGUACUUCUUUCAAUUUCGUUGCAGACAAGGAGAGCAGUACUGCAGCAAUGACAAUGAAUGUUGAGGCUGCGUCGACAGAAAGCAGAGCUUCCUUCUCAGCUGAACCCAACUUUGGUUGGUUACUAAAUGAGAUGUUUGACACGAAGGAUCUUAACUGCUAUGAAUUUUCAGAAGUUGGAUCAUCAAGAAUAACCAGUACUACUCCUUGA